UAAUAAUACAGUGGAAACAAUUUAAACGUCAAAAGUAGCCUGGAAUAUAUGUAAACUAAAUAAAAAUAAGCAUAAUAAAGGUUGAGAAGGCAGAAAGCAGAGGGCAGCAUGAGCGCCGAGCCGCAACCGAGGGAGCCUGUUGGCGAAAAGCAUUACAGAAUGGCCUUAGCUGCAGUAAGUGCUCAGGGAGACAGGAAGGAGGCAAUGAAAAUACUGGAGGAAAAAUUAAACAAGGCUAAAGGUGAGCUGGUAAAACUGUCGAAUUCUUAUGACACUGCCCUUGAUGAUAUCCAGAACCACUACAGGAACGCCUCUUCAACCCUGACGUCAAUAAAAGAGGCAGCGGAAAAGGCUUUGGAUGCCUACAUGCUGGAGUUCCAAAGGAGACUAAGGGAUCAGCUGGAAAAGAUGGAAGAGCUUAAAAAGGCACUCUCACCUGUUCCAAAUAACAAGAUGAUCUCUGAUUCCUACAGUGAGAACGCCAUGACCAACAUCAGAAAUGACAACAGUGUGCACUCCAGUGUCAUGGAGGUGGAGUAUUGUAGCCAUCUUCAGUUUGUUGCUCUUUUUGCAUGCACAGGAACUACUUUUCAAAAUUAUUAUAAAUUUUUUAUAGUAAAGGAAGCUACUCAAGGGGAAAAGAGUAAAUAAAACAAAAAACAACAA